GUGGCGUGGCACGGCGCUGACGUACAGACGCUCUGAGGUUUUCCCCCUUCUUCUUUGGCUGGACAUCAGGGUGCGCAGUCUCAGGAUUACUGAUAUAAGAAGGUCGUCCUUGGACACGACAUCCGAUAUGGGAGCCCUCGCACCCACUGACUUCUGAUAAUUUUCAGACCGGCCAUCAGUGACCACCCUGGGCAAGCCAGCACUGGCACAAUCACCUAAUGUCACGGUCUUCCCCACAGAGCCAGUGAGCAACUGUACUACGUAUAGACUGAUAACAUGGCGCACGACCUGGGCGUUUGUUUUCCCCCACCUCCACCCGAGAUUACCUAGGUACCGUUACCGGCGAACGUACCGCCUACCGUACUCUCCGUACCGGACUUAACCUGAUCAUCAAUGCCAAUCCAUGGCGGCGCAAGCUGGCACUGCACCGCUGAUGAUGCCCACUUGCCAAGGGGGCGUUGUUUCGGCAUUCGGGAAGCUGUCUGCUGGGCCUGCUCCUCACCAACGCUGAGAGCUCCCUGCACCGGGCGAAAGUCAAGGCGCUGGGGACGUUUGAGGAUGACACAAUCCCGAGUCGUUAUUCGCCAGUCCGCGAGGCGAAGCGAGGCCCCCGGGCCUGCGGUGCGAGUCCUCAUCUGAGGGGUACGUGAAGAUAGAUACCGUUCUCGAGAAGUACACGAUAUUGAAAAACAUCCAACUCGGACGCCCAAGCAUCUCAAAACCCUCACAAUGGCCCCAUCACUCCACCCCUCCAUCGACAACGGCUUCACCAAGGGCGACCCGAACUUCCAAGGCGGCAAGCUCAAGUGCCACUGCUCAAGCAACCCAGUCGAGGUGACUCUCGGCAGCCAGGUGGCGCACAACCACGCCUGCGGCUGCUCCAAGUGCUGGAAGCCCAAGGGGGCGCUGUUCAGCGUGGUCGCCGUGGUGCCGCGCGACAAGCUGAGCGUGACCGCCAACGCCAACAAGCUCAAGGUCGUCGACUCGGAGGCCGUCAUUCAGCGCAACGCGUGCAAGGACUGCGGCGUGCACCUGUUCGGCCGCAUCGAGAAGGACCACCCCUUCAAGGGGCUCGACUUCGUCCACGUCGAGCUGUCCCAGGAGAAGGGCUGGCAGGAGCCCCAGUUCGCCGCCUUUGUCAGCUCCAUCAUCGAGCAGGGCUUCGACCCCAACAAGAUGGACGACGUCCGCGGUGCGUUUGCGGCCAAGGGCCUUCAGACCUACGAUGCCCUCUCGCCGCCGCUCAUGGAUGCUAUCGCCACGUGGACGGCGCAGAAGGCUGGAAAGCUGUCGUAAGGAAUGUGUGCCGAUGGGAGGAGGUACCGAAGUAUCCAAGAACGAGAGUACCUCUGUUGAGGUGGGGUCAACAAAAGUUUGUAGAAUAGUUUGAGUGGUUCGAAUAAUUCAUCGGGAAAUCACUUGA